AUGGAAGGUGAAGGUGCGAAAGCCAUCAUCUGUAUCAACAACGGUAGCGGUCCAACCAGGAAGCGAAAGCGAUCGUCAGUGAAUGGUGGGCUUGGAAACGCAAAGCAGGUCUCUGGGAAGCGAGCGUCAAAAUUGGUGCAUCGGUUCAUACCAAAUGAUCACAGGAAAGUUGAAUCGGAAAAGGAAAUCUUCACACAGGCUAGGAUGAAGGACCUGACAGAUGAGGACGUCAUUCUCCUCCUGCUUCAAUGCUAUGGGAGAGUGAUAAAGAGGAAUGAGGACCCACACUUGUUUGACAACUUUCAGUGGACAGACUCUUUGAAGAGCAUCUGGAAAGCCAUGCACGAAGGAGUCAAACCAGCAGCUGUCAAGAAAACCUGCAAUUUUUACAAGGCCUCAGUAGUCGCAUGUUACUACACGCUCAGUCAGCUCAGUCCCUCUGAAUCUUCUUGGUACGUUGGUAAGAUAAUGGACUGGGAAGAACCAGGUUUCCACAUCAAAUUUGUGGGUUACGAGGGCAACGAGCCAAUCGACAUGGUUGGUGAUCAAAUCGAGUAUGAGACAUCGACAGAGCGGGAGCUUUGGGCUUUUGACAUCUUCAAUGAUGUUCAAAUCAAAUUAUUGGAAAGACAUGUCCCUGAAAUCAGACACUUCUUGAUGGAUAAAAGAAUUUUCUUCUGA